UUGGAACAAGCCGCUGCCGCUGCAAAAAAAUCACGCUGCGAUAGCGUUGGAACAAGCCGCUGCCGCUGCAAAAAAAUCACGCUGCGAUCGCGUUGGAACAAGCCGCUGCCGCUACAAAAAUCACGCUGCGAUCGCGUUGGAACAAGCCGCUGCCGCUGCAAAAAUCACGCUGCGAUAGCGUUGGAACAAGCCGCUGCCGCUGCAAAAAUCACGCUGCGAUCGCGUUGGAACAAGCCGCUGCCGCUGCAAAAAUCACGCUGCGAUCGCGUUGGAACAAGCCGCUGCCGCUGCAAAAAUCACGCUGCGAUCGCGUUGGAACAAGCCGCUGCCGCUGCAAAAAAAUCACGCUGCGAUCGCGUUGGAACAAGCCGCUGCCGCUGCAAAAAUCACGCUGCGAUAGCGUUGGAACAAGCCGCUGCCGCUGCAAAAAUCACGCUGCGAUAG